CGUCGGACCGAGCGGAGGUUCGGGGGUUCGAGUCCAUUCAUCCCGACACGGAACCAGGAGGAUCCAGGAGGAUCCUCGACCCGCGGGACCAGCAGGAUCCAGGGGGACUAGGAGGACCCAGCAGAACCCAGGAACCCAGGGGGGACCAGGAACCCUCCCAGGAACCAGCACCAUGCCGUGCCUGGAGCAGAACUACCUGGUCCUGCAACAGUCCGUCACCGUGGACUCCGCGGGACCAGCAGGACCCAGCAGAACUCAGGGGGGCCCAGGAACCCGCGGGGGCCCAGGGGGACCCCCAGGAACCAGCAGCAUGAAGCAGGACUACCUGGUCCUGCAGCAGUCCGUCACCGUGGACGUGGACUCGCUGGUCGCGCAGAUCGGGGAGGCGCUGCAGCUGCACGGGGGCGGGGGGGCCCCGGGGGGCCCCCAGUGCCAGGGCGGCCCCCAGCACCAGGGGCCCCCCCGGCGGGGCCCGGGGGCGGCCGGAGCCGGACCAGGACCCGGCGGGGCCCCGGCCGCGCUGUGCGGGCUGCGGACCCGCAGCGGCGGCUGCUGCGUGCGGCUGCGGGGGCCCCGCGGGGGCCCCUACCACGUCCCGGACCGGGACCAGGGCCGGGACCAGGUCCAGGUCCGGCCCUGCUGGGCCCGGAAGAGGCUCCAGGACCAGGACCGGGACCAGGACCAGGACCCGCAGCGGCUCCUGCAGGAACUGCUUCUGUCCGGGAACCUGAUCAAGGAGGCGGUGCGGAGGAUGCAGGUCCCGGACCUGGGGGAGGAGAACCGGUCCUGACCCCCACCCGGGGGGGGGGUCCGGGGUCUGGACCUGGACCUGGACCUGGACCUGGAUCUGAGGUCUGGGACUGAACCUGAUCAAGGAGGCGGUGAGGAGGAUGCAGGUCCCGCAGGACCAGGAGAACCGGUCCUGACCCCCACCCGGGGGCUGCAGGGACCGGGGAGGACGGGACUCGGUCCUGACGGGGGGACUGGGACUGGGACUAUCUGGGUCCGAGGUCAAGACCUGGACCUGAAGAGAAGACCUGGAUUUGAGGUCUGGGUCUGGAUCUGGACCUGGACCUGGAUCUGGACCCAGAUCUGGGUCUAAGGUCAGGACUUGGAUCCAGGAUGUAAGGUGUGGACCUGGAUCAGAGGUCUAGACCUGGAUCUAGACCUGGAUCUGGAUCAGAGAUCAGGACCUGGAUCUGGAUCUGGAUCUGGGACCAGGACCAGGACCAGGACCAGGUCCGGGUCUGAACUGAGACUUGUUUACGUUUGGAUCCGCGUGUCGCACGUGCAGGAAGAUCACGGUGUACAGAACAAGCUGCGCAUGCGCAGCAGAGGACGGGGUUUUACCCGGAACUCAUUUAAAACUGUAAGAACCGGGACCAGGACCAGUCCUGGUACCAGUACCAGUACCGGGACCGGUACCAGCUGCUCUACAGACUCAGAACCCGACCCGCCGGUGACGUCACCAGCGCUUCUUCUUCCAAACCAAGCGGACUUUUUUAAUUCAGUAAAAGUUGUUUAAACUUUUACCAGUUUUUUCUACAAAUGUGAGUUUAUAAAAGUGAAAACUUCAGAGUUUUGUCUCGAGUUUAAAUGUGAGUUUUAAGUCAAAAAACAGACUUUUAUGGAGCCAAUUUUUCCACAAAUGUUUGAUUUUAUAUAAAGUUUUUAACGUUGUUGGUUUUUUAAUAUUUGUUAUCAUGGUUUAAUUAAUAUUAACCUGCAGGUAACUUUGUUCUGAUUGGUCUGUUGUUCUGUUGGGGGCGGGGCUUCGGCUGCGCCUGCGCACCUGUGAGGUGCGGCCUGACGGCUGAGGGAAACAAAGGUCACGUGACUGCUCCGUACCGGAGCCUAAUGUUCCUGACGUUUCAGGCCUGAAGACAAUAAACUACAAACUAAAUAAACUAGUGUU